AUCUUCCCUAUAGAAAAAAAGCUGUCUGUGUUCUAGUACUGAGUGGUCACCUCAAAGCAAAUACGCAAUUGUGUGAACAGUGAUUAGCAACUGUAUCAUACCACUUUUGUAACAUUUCUGCGUUAUACGGUUCACCUGGCUUUUAGUGCACCUUCAUUGUCCUCCCCGGCCUUCUCUGUGGUGUUUUUGUACAUUUUUGAGGAUGUCGGUGGCCGGAUUCAAGAAGCAGUUUCAUAAAGCAAGCCAGCUUCUAAGUGAGAAGAUAAGUGGCACUGAGGGAACCAAGCCGGACGAGGACUUCACGGAGAUGGAGAGGAAAAUUGACGUCACGAACAAAUCAGUUUUUGAGCUGUUGUCCAAGACCACAGAAUACCUCCAGCCCAACCCAGCUUCCAGGGCCAAACUGGGCAUGCUCAACACCGUGUCCAAAAUCCGGGGGCAGGUGAAAACCACGGGCUACCCGCAGACGGAGGGGCUGCUGGGAGACUGCAUGCUGAGAUACGGCCGGGAGCUGGGAGAGGAGUCUGCAUUCGGCUCUGCGAUGGUGGACAUUGGUGAGGCGAUGAAACAGAUGGCUGAGGUGAAGGACGCCUUGGACAUCAACGUGAAGCAGAAUUUCAUUGACCCACUACAAACACUGCAGGACAAAGACCUGAAAGAGAUUGGGCAUCAUCUGAAGAAGCUGGAGGGCCGGCGGCUAGACUUCGACUACAAGAAGAAGAGGCAGGGCAAGAUCCCCGACGAGGAGGUCAGACAAGCGGUGGAGAAGUUUGAGGAGUCUAAAGAGCUGGCGGAGAGGAGCAUGUUCAACUUCCUGGAGAACGAUGUAGAACAGGUGAGCCAGUUAUCAGCCUUGGUUGAGGCAGCUUUUGAAUAUCACCGCUUGUCUUUAGAAAUCCUCGAGGACCUCAAUAGUAAACUCCAAAGCAGGAUAGCAACCGCUAGUAGCCAGCCCAAGAAAGAGUUCAAGCCAAAGUCCAUCAUGAGCAGCCUGGAGACCCUCAACAGCACACAGCACAAUGGUUUAUCAUACAGCUCAUCAAUAAAGUCCACAGAUCACCAGAUCAGCCACAGUUUAAAUGGCAAAACCCAUCCCCAUCCAGUUGAGCAGUUCACCCCCAUGCCUCAGUCAUGGUCAGAGAGCCCCAAUGGCAGCCAGUCGGAGGUUCACAUGGAUCAGCCGUGCUGCCGCUGCCUCUACAACUUCGAGCCAGAGAACGAGGGGGAGCUGGGCUUCAAGGAGGGCGACCUCAUCAUCCUCACCAACCAGAUCGACGAGAACUGGUACGAGGGAAUGAUCAACGGCGAGUCGGGCUUCUUCCCCAUCAACUACGUGGAGGUCCUGGUGGCCCUACCCCAGUGAACGGCCCGGCUGCAGCCUCGGCGCCGCGGUGCGCUAACGCUCCAAAACAGGACAUCACAGGAGAACUCUCCAGUCUAGUCAUUGACCUACCUGAUUCGUGUUUGGCCCUGCUCAGCCAAGGCCUUGCUAUUCCACAGACAUUUUUAAACAA